GGUAAUACGCAACCUGGCGGUCUUCCUCCACUUGGUGGUCCCGGUGGUGAUGAUAGGAACAAAGAGGAUAAGGAUAAAGAUAAGAAAAAGAAAUGGGAACCACCACUUCCCACUCGUGUUGGUAAAAAAAAAAGAAGAGGCCCAGACGCAACGUCUAAAUUGCCUGCCGUCUUUCCUACAACGCGGUGUCGACUGAAACUUUUAAAAAUGGAACGUAUAAAAGAUUAUUUAUUGAUGGAGGAAGAGUUUGUUCAAAAUCAAGAGAGAUUAAAACCACAAGAAGAAAAGGCACAAGAAGAAAGAACCCGGGUGGAUGAUUUACGUGGUUCUCCAAUGGGUGUGGGCUCUCUGGAAGAAAUCAUUGACGAUGAUCAUGCAAUAGUUUCUUCUUCUACGGGACCGGAAUAUUAUGUCAGCAUUUUAUCUUUUGUGGAUAAAGAUUUGUUGGAACCAGGAUGUUCAAUUUUGUUACAUCAUAAAGCUAUGUCUGUUGUUGGUGUACUUCAAGAUGAUACUGAUCCAAUGGUUAGUGUUAUGAAACUUGAGAAAGCACCUACAGAAUCAUAUGCAGAUAUUGGUGGUUUAGAACAACAAAUUCAAGAAAUCAAAGAAUCUGUAGAAUUACCCCUAACACAUCCAGAACUUUAUGAAGAAAUGGGCAUUAAACCUCCAAAAGGUGUUAUCCUAUAUGGAGUCCCAGGAACAGGUAAAACACUUUUGGCUAAAGCCGUGGCGAAUCAAACAUCUGCAACUUUCUUGCGCGUUGUGGGUUCAGAAUUGAUCCAAAAAUAUCUUGGAGAUGGUCCAAAACUUGUACGCGAAUUAUUUCGUGUUGCUGAAGAACAUGCGCCUUCCAUUGUAUUUAUUGAUGAAAUUGAUGCUAUUGGAACUAAACGAUAUGAUUCCAAUUCAGGUGGCGAAAGAGAAAUUCAAAGAACUAUGUUAGAGCUUCUAAAUCAGUUAGACGGGUUUGAUUCUAGAGGAGAUGUCAAGGUAAUCAUGGCAACAAAUCGUAUUGAAUCAUUAGACCCUGCUCUGAUUCGCCCGGGACGUAUUGACCGAAAGAUAGAAUUUCCACUUCCAGACGUAAAAACGAAACGUCGUAUUUUUAAUAUUCAUACGGGAAGAAUGACAUUAUCUGAAGAUGUGGAUCUUGAGGAAUUUGUAAUGUCUAAAGAUGAUUUGAGUGGUGCUGAUAUUAAGGCUAUUUGUACUGAGGCAGGUUUGCUUGCUCUACGGGAACGUCGCAUGAAAGUAAUCGCUGAAGAUUUUAGGAAAGCGCGUGAAAAAGUUCUUUAUCGCAAGACUGAAGGUACACCCGAAGGACUAUACCUCUAG